AAAAAAUUUAAAUCUUUUUUAAUGCCUCCCAAAGUUGACCCAAAUGAAGUUAGAUUGAUUAACAUCAAAGUCUUCGGAGGAGAAGGUGGUCCAGCAUCCACUCUUGCUCCAAAAUUGGGGCCUCUCGGUCUUAACCCAAAAUAAGUUGGUGAUAAAAUUAUUGCUGAAAGUGGAAAAUGGAAGGGUAUCAGAGUUAUGGUUAACUUGAGAUGCUAAAAUAGAAAUGCUGAUGUUACUGUCAUUCCUACCUCAAGUGCAUUACUCAUUAAAGAAAUUGGAGGUUAUGAGAGAGAUAGAAAGAAGACAAAGAAUGUCAAACAUAAUGGAAACUUAACACUUGAAUAAGUCAUCAAAGUUGCUAGAGCUGUUGAAGAAAAGUCAUUAGCGAAAACUUUUACAGGAACGGUCAAAUAAGUUUUAGGAACUGCAUAAUCUUUGGGAGCCACAGUUGAUGGAUAACCAGUUAAAGCAAUCAUUGGGAAAAUUAAUUCUGGAGAACUUAAAGUUGAAAAAUGAAAAAUACAAUCUAUAAUACAUAUAAGUACAUUAACUUGUUAUUUUCAUGUAAAA